GAUCCAUGCCUGUGCCAAUUAUGUAUAACAAUGCAUCUGACCAUAACCCUAAUAAUAUUGAUCCUUCACUUAUUUGUGAUAAACUUAUUAAAGAGCAUCAGCGUUACUUUGAUCUUUCAUAUAUACAACAAAAAGCUCAAUGGAUAAAUAAUACAGGACAACUUACAUUUGACAGAAUAGAUCAGAUUACCAUACAUUGUUAUGAUAAUGCUAUUGCAGAAAGAAAAAGAAGAACAUAA